GUCACAUUCGGAUUGCUCCUGCUGCCUCACAUACACUAACCCAACCAUCUUGGGGUGGACUCCCUGCCAGCCCAACUGUUGUAUUUUCAGUUCUUCCAGUGUGAAUCAGUUAAUAUUCUCGGGAACGAGGGAGAGGUUGAUCCUAUGAGGAAAUCAACCACAGUGAAAAGGCUUGGGCCGCUUUUGUUUUCACCUCCUUUUGUUGAACAAAUUUGAUUUCCGGAGUCAGUCAUUUUACUGUCAAGAAAUUUCUUCGGCAUUCUGCAACAGUUUCCAACGUGGCUAGAUCCAUCAGAAACUGAAGCCGUGGAGAACGCUCUCGGGGCCUUUGCCACUUCUUGGAGUAGAAGCCGACAGAGAGCUGUUUGGAAACUUCUCCUUCACACACCAGUUGAAGACUAGGCUUUGGAGGUUUUCAAAGCAGACGGUGCUUGGAUGGGCAGGGAGAAGUAACAUUCUGCAAAUCGCCGUCAGAGGUCCUGAGGACACAGACCUACCUGGCUUGCAUUCCCCUUGCUGAAUGGCGUGUGCUGCAGCUGCCCACUGAGGGCUCUUUUCCCUGGGAUUCUGGACUUGAGAGUAGGACGGCAGGCUGGGAAGAUGCUGAGUUCUAUCAAGUGCGUGUUGGUGGGUGACUCUGCUGUGGGGAAAACCUCUCUGUUGGUGCGCUUCACCUCCGAGACCUUCCCGGAGGCCUACAAGCCCACAGUGUACGAGAACACAGGGGUGGACGUCUUCAUGGAUGGCAUCCAGAUCAGCCUGGGCCUCUGGGACACAGCCGGCAAUGAUGCCUUCAGAAGCAUCCGGCCCCUGUCCUACCAGCAGGCAGACGUGGUGCUGAUGUGCUACUCUGUGGCCAACCAUAACUCAUUCCUGAACUUGAAGAACAAGUGGAUUGGUGAAAUUAGGAGCAACUUGCCCUGUACCCCUGUGCUGGUGGUGGCCACCCAGACUGACCAGCGGGAGAUGGGGCCCCACAGGGCCUCCUGCGUCAAUGCCAUGGAAGGGAAGAAACUGGCCCAGGAUGUCAGAGCCAAGGGCUACCUGGAGUGCUCAGCCCUUAGCAACCGGGGAGUACAGCAGGUGUUUGAGUGCGCCGUCCGAACUGCCGUCAACCAGGCCAGGAGACGAAACAGAAGGAGGCUCUUCUCCAUCAAUGAGUGCAAGAUCUUCUAAACCCCAAGAGACUUCACACAACACUUAUGUAUGCACCCCAAAGACUAAUGGGGAGAGGGAGGGCUGGGAAGCCAGGAAAGCUUGGUGUUUUCUCUGGGUACACCCCAAGAAGCGUCUCCUUUUGGAUACAGUUAUUGAUGAGGCUUGGCCACUGGAUGUUUUCACUAACUACACUCUACAAGUGAACUCCUUGCCCAGGCCAGUUAGAAAAUCCCUUGGGGAACUGUAAUGAAUAUUCCAUCUUUGAUUAAAAAAGUGAAAUAGUCUCCAUAAUUUUGGACGAUGAAGUGAGUUUUUCAAAGAAUUCCAUAUUUAAAGACACAUUUUAUUUAACUAAUAACAAAAUGUAUUACUUUUGUAUAUAUUUAGUUUUCACACUUGGAAAAUCUUUUCCUACAUCCUCGAAAACAUAAACUCCUCUGUGAGUGAAAUGCUUGUAUGAAGCUCUGCCAUAUAUUUGUAGUGUUAUUAUUUUCACCUCAAGUAGAAAGUCUGUUGAAACCACUUGGCUGCUGGAUUUAAAUGGGUAAUCAAAUUUAAAAAUGACCAUAAAUGAAUCUUUGCAGUUUGUUUUCUACUUACCUGUUAUUCAGAGUUGGAUAUAAAAUACAGUUCCAUAAGAUAUCCUAAUACUGCCUAAUGAUUUUAAAGUUAUCACUAUAUUUUUCUGAAAUGAUAAAACAUCAUUCAUUUAUUUACUAUAUUGUCUUUCACUCAACUCCAGUUAUGCACUAAAUAUUCUCCUCUCAUUCACCAAGAUUGAUUGAAACACCAUCUUUCAGGUAGAGAAUCAGACUGCUCCAAGCAAUGGCAACAGAACUUGGAACAGAAGCGAGAGAGUGUCACUUUCACUUCUGGUAGGGUGGUUCCCAGGCGACUGCAGGUCCUGUGAAAGACAGGGGUCUCAAAGUUCUGUUAAUUUCACAAAUUUGUUAUAAAUUUGUCUAAACUGAGCUGUUGUGGCAACAUAAUUUAUUAAUUGUAAGGUCUAGUUAGGAUUAUUGGGGGGUAUCUACAUAUAUAUGUGUAUGUAAGAGAAAAAAGGUAGAAUUUACAGCCUUCAAAAAAGAAAAAUCAAAUUCCAAGCACAGGAAAAAGAAAGCUAUAUAGCAACUGCUCAGAUAACAGAAAGUUAUCAGGGGAAAUAGUGAAUAAAUAGACACACACAUACUCGCACACAACCUGCUCUCACACACACAGCUCAAACCGCAUUCUAUCGAAUAGUUUAAAAGCAAUGGUGUUGCCCAUCUGUUAAAGUGGAGAAUAGAGGACUACAUAACUUAAGGUAGAAAUUGCAAAGGCUGGGUUGGGCAGGGCGCGGUGGCUCACGCCUAUAAUCCCAGCACUUUGGGAGGCUGAGACGGGUGGAUCACGAGGUCAGGAGUUCAAGACCAGCCUGGCCAACAUGGUGAAACCCCGUCUCUUCUAAAUAGUAGCUAAAAAUUAGCUGGGUGUGGUGGCACAUGCCUGUAGUUCUAGCUACUCAAGAGGCUGAGGCAAAGAAUUGCUCGAACCCGGGAGGCGGAGGUUGCAGUGAGCCGAGAUCGCACCACUGCACUCCAGCCUGGGCAACAGAGGGAGACUCCAUCUCAAAAAAAAAGAAAAAAAAGAAAGAAAUUGCAAAGGCUGGCACCUAGAUAGAUCAAUCAAUUACUGCCCUAAUCAAAACUUAAAAAAACUCUGAACCACCUUUAUGAAGGUACAUCAUUGUUAUGGGGUAACGUGACUAUUACACACAAAAGGUAAGGUGGCUAGCAUAAAUGACUUCGAUUAGAAUUAUGUUGACAUAGCCAAACCAUUUCUCUGUUCCCUUGUGUGGUCAAUUCCUUAUAGCUGUAAUCAGUAUCAAAAACCAAAUGUGUGCUCAUUCACACAUUGCUUUCUCCUUCUCUCUCUCCUCCUAUCCACAGCCAGUAAAAGGCCUGGGACCGGGGUCUUGAUCUCUGGUGGCAGGAUUGCCUCGGUUCCCUGGGGCUGACACAGCUGCCUUCACCCAGACUUCUCAGCUCUCCAGGCUGUGGCUUGUACUUACCUCUAAGUCACCCGCCUCCCUUGAUUGGAGAGCCCGUGUCUCUAGUUCUCAGCUCAGGGUUGGGGGUCUUGAAAGAUGACCGGGCAGGGGAGGGGAAGGGAUCUCAUAUCCUCUGAUAUCCCUGGGAUUCUCUUCUUCUCCCUCAACACACAGAGUCUUAAAUCACGGAUGCGGGUGUUCAGGGCCAGCCUUUGCGGUGAGAGGUAUUUAACAUUGUCAGUGGGAAGGAAUUUCUAUUCACUGCAGUGGGCUGUCCCCCAGGCUUUUCUUUCUCUCUUGUUGAAGAGAGAUGGGGGUGGUAUCUGAAAGUGGGAAGGGCCACCGUACAUGAUCCUAAGUGAGGGAAGAGGAGGUGGUUCCACGGUGGCAGCAGAGCAGGAAGGGAAGGCCAGAGAGGGCACACUCAAAUGGCUUUGCUGUCACCUGGGCAAGGGCACACAGGUGAGACCUCCACCUGUUGGCGGGAGCCAAGCUUAACAGCUCCCUCUGGGAACCCUCACACCUGAGACCAGGAAUCUGUGUGUAAACCCUUUCCAGUGGCGGAAUCUGGCAGAAAUGGAGCCGAUAAGUGUCUGUCUUCCUGCUAGACUGCUGUUCUUGAAGGUAGCACUGCCUCCUGGUCUCCUCAGUGUCCCCAGAGCUCAGCACAGGGAAGGCAAUGGAGGUAAAGUUGUGUUAAACUGAAAUGGAGAGAAAGACAGUAAUUGGGCUUCUGUGCCACACAGUGGUUAUAGAGAGGAAGCAGACCCUCACCAGCCUUGUAGAGGUAAGAAGAAAAAUAGGUCAUAUGGGUAGAAUCCGUGUGUUGUGUGUUCUACAUAAGCACAUACUUACUUUUGCCUGCCUAGAUGCAGACACAGGUUUCUUAUACUUCAAAAUUUGUGGUACCUUUUUGUAGACUAUUGCAUAUCGAUUCUUAACUAUUCUAAGUAGCAGCAUUAAAUAUGUUCUUGAUGACAUUAAAGAGUUAAUUUUCA